GUGCAUCUGACGUGUCUGAAACUGUUUUGCGCUGGUGGUGGAAUUUAUUAUCAUUUGAGGUAUUAUCUGAUACGUGGUGGCAAGAUGCUAGAUUUCUUCACCAUCUUCAGCAAAGGGGGUAUAGUGUUGUGGUGUUUUCAGGGAGCCGGGGUCACUGAAUCCUUCACGGGGCCUGUCAACGCGUUGAUCCGCUCCGUGAUCCUUCAGGAGCGAGGUGGGAACAAUUCAUUCACUCAUGAGGCCCUGAGUCUUAAAUACAAGCUCGACAACGAGUUUGAGCUGAUUUUUGUGGUGGGUUUUCAAAAGAUCCUGACGCUGACGUAUGUGGAUAAGUUCAUAGAUGAUGUUCAGCUCCAUUUUAGGGAUCGUUAUAAGAAUGAGCUGGAGCAAAAGGGGGCUUUGAAGCUCCUCAACAACAACUUUGAAUUCGAGGAUGUCUUCAAGAAGCUUCUGAGAGAGGCGGAGGAGAGCAGCAAAGCUCGGAGCCUUGGUGGCCACAUGCGGUCCUUUAAGGAGUCAGAGAAAUCCCAAAAAACUGUGAAGUCAAUGAUUGACACAAAGGGUGGGGACAAAGGCAAGGAACAGGGUGGCAAGAAGAAUAAAAAUACCAAAAAGGAGGCACCUGCAGCUGAGCCUGCCAAAGGUGACCAAGGCAAGGCUGCAUCCUCUGGGCAGAAGAUGGCUGAGAAUGGUAACCAGACCUUGAGUCUUGAAGAGACCAUUCAAAAGAAUAAACAGGAAUUCUUCCGCAGACACAUGGCGGGAGCUACUGAAAAAACAAGUAAGUCUCCAAAGUCUUCGAAACCGAAGCAGAAAGAAAAACGUGUUUGGGACAUGGGUGGCAGCAGUGCUAAGGACCUGGACUACAGCGAAAGGAAUGGAAACGGUUCCCCCAACGGUGGCGACCAGAACCAGGAAGUGCAAAUUGAUCCAGGGAUGCAGGUGGACUCCAUGGAGGGAGACCUGCUGCCUGUGGACUAUGAGUCCAGUGAGGAAGGGGAAAUGGGUGAGGAAGAUGAGAGAGUGGUUGUUAAUGAAACAACUAAGACAAGCUCCAAAAAGGGUAGCAGUUUUGGGGGCAUGUUUGGGAUGUUGAAGGGCCUGGUAGGCUCCAAGAGCCUGACCCGCGAGGACAUGGAGCCAGUGCUGGAGAAGAUGAAGGACCAUCUCAUCGCAAAGAAUGUAGCAGCCGACAUUGCCUCCCAGCUCUGUGACUCUGUAGCCAAAAAACUGGAGGGCAAAGUCAUGGGCACAUUCACCACUGUGGCCUCUACAGUAAAGGAGGCCCUGCAGGACUCCCUGGUGCAGAUCCUGCAGCCAAAGCGAAGAGUGGAUAUUCUGAGAGAUGUCAUGGAAGCGCAGAGCCAGCGAAGGCCCUUUGUCAUCACAUUUUGUGGUGUCAACGGGGUUGGAAAGUCCACCAACCUGGCCAAGAUCUCCUUCUGGCUCAUAGAGAAUGGUUUCACAGUGCUGAUCGCAGCCUGUGACACGUUUCGUGCCGGCGCAGUGGAGCAGCUCCGCACCCAUCAGCGCCGCCUUAACUCCCUGCAUCCUCCAGAGAAGCACGGAGGGCGACCAGUAGUCCAGCUCUAUGAGAAGGGCUAUGGGAAGGAUGCAGCUGGAAUUGCCAUGGAGGCCAUUGCCUAUGCCCGCAAUCAGGCCUUUGACGUGGUGCUGGUGGACACGGCUGGGCGUAUGCAGGACAACGUCCCGCUAAUGACAGCCCUGGCUAAACUCAUCGCAGUCAACAUGCCCGACCUAGUGCUGUUUGUUGGGGAAGCUCUGGUCGGCAACGAGGCAGUUGACCAGCUGGUAAAGUUCAAUCAGGCUCUGGCAGACCACUCCAUGUCUGACAAGCCUCGGCUGAUUGAUGGAAUCGUUCUCACUAAGUUUGACACCAUCGAUGACAAGGUUGGUGCUGCCAUCUCCAUGACGUACAUCACAGGCCAGCCCAUUGUGUUUGUGGGCACAGGGCAGACCUACAACGACCUGCGCAGCCUCAACGCCCGCGCUGUAGUCAGCGCCCUGAUGAAGGCUUAAGCGGCCGCAUGUUCUUCUGUUUAUUCAUCGUCGCAAACAAAGCCAACAAUACCUUUGCCACAUUGCCGUGAGAUGUUCCAGCCCUGCUAGCCUGCGUUUUCUCAUCCUCCUGUCCUGCCCUCUCUACUUUGCAUCAAAUGAAGAACUCAUGUCAUGCACAGGACUUUAUUCUCCUAGUAAAGGACAAGUGUGCACUUUGAAAGACAGAUCAUUUUUGCAAUGAAGCCAGAGGAGCCUCCCUUUGCAUCAUCUCUAAACUUUUGGGCCAAAUUGAGAAGUACUUCAGAUCAACCUGAGUUUUCAAACAGUUAAGUUGCAUUCAAACGACAUUUUAGCUGACUAAAUGGUUCUGUAGGCUGUAAAUGUCUUCGGUCUACUGGUUUACACAGUAAAGAUUUACAAAACAAAUCCCCCAUCUGGCAUCUUGUCAGUCAGUUUUCCCCUCUUUAUGAACAAGGUUCCUGAGGAAAGCUUAGUGACCAUAGUGCCUAUAUGUCUCCUGUCUUAUUAGUUAACACUUUUACUACAUGGGUGGUUAUCCAUCAAGAGUACCACAAGAUUUCAGAAACCACUCCUAGUCUGGAGGAGGAGUCUGAAUCUGUUUACAGUCGGCCAUAGAGUUCAUUGAGUAUCAGGUCAGUGGGUGUUGUACUCCGCUGUUUAAAAAUAGAAAAAACUACUCAUGGAGUAGAAAAGUCCUGGCUCAGUUGAGGCUGGUUCUCUGUAACAUGGGGAAUAUUAACAUCUACUGAUUGCGCUAACAACUGUGGUACACUAGUUUCAGGUGAAUAUGUUCAAUGAACGUCAUUUUCCGGAGCUCCUCACCCACCUAACACACUGUUAACACAUUUGCAUCACAUGAUGGAGACUAUGAUCAUCUCAGUUUAUGAAAAAGAAAAAAAAAAAAUAAUGAUGAAUUUAAUGAGAAGCAGAAAGAUAUUUUGUAAUUUUUUUUUUUUUUAGUUCUUACAGGUUGUCUGCAGAUUUUAGACUCCACUUUAUGUGUGGUCAGUUCAAGUUCUAUGGGCCUUAUAUUUAUGUUUUCCCUGAUUUAUUCUUCACUUAUAAGUCAGUAAAUAUAAGUCUUAAAUAUUCCUUAGCCCCCUUUUAAUUUAUGGUAGUGCAAUAUGAGAGAAUCAGGAGUGACACAACAAUUUGAGCGAAUUUAUGAGAAUGUAAACAUUUCUAAAUAAAGCUGCUAUAUGCUAUGACAGCCUGUAAAAUGGAA